CGGGCCGCCGGCUGCCUUCAGGCCGAGGACGGAGCCGGAGCCGCAGAGACACAGGAGCAGAAAGAGCCGCAGCUGAAGGCGACCGUCCGCCGCCAUCUUCACUUCACUGUUAACUACGGAUUCAGGAUGGAACAGAAAAAGAUGUCGACCGGCCGGAGGAAUCAGCUCAAGAGUUUGCUGCUGCAGAUCGCUGAGACGAUCCUGGAGGAGGAGGCGCAGGAGGCCGAGAAGGAGAAGAUGAAGCACAUGGAGGAGAACUGUCCGUCCCUCUCUGUUCCAGGCUCAAUGCAGGAGCUGCAGGAUCUGUGCUGGAAGCUUCACCAGCAGAUCGAUCUGGUGGAUGACGAGCGGUACGACACGGAGGUGAAAGUCACAAAGUCCAAAAUGGAGAUCAACGACCUGAAGCUGAAGGUUCAGGAUCUAAAGGGGAAGUUUAAGAAGCCGGCGCUGAAGAGGGUGCGGAUGUCGGCCGACGCCAUGUUGGCCGCUCUGCUGGGCUCCAAACACAAAGUGGCCCUGGACCUGAGGGCCAAUCUGAAGCAGGUCAAGAAGGAGGUGAAAGAGGAGGAGAAGCAAACAGGCGACUGGAGGAAGAACAUCGAAGACAAAUCCGGGAUGGACGGCAGGAAGAAGAUGUUCGAGACCGAGGCUUGAACUUCAUGCGUGUUGUUGUGUCGUCAGGUUUUAGCAUCGUUCAUGUCCGUGUCUUGUGUGAGUCCACAGUUUGUGUAAAUGCUAGGGGUGUGAUUGUGUGUUUCAUAUUGAUAAUCUGAGAAAUUGUGAAAAUAAAUGAUAAAUUUCAGGAUAGAAAUAAUGAAAACAAUUGUGUAGUUAAAGAAAGAAGUUAUUAAAAUUCAUACUAUUGUCA